AUGCCCCUCACCCUCUACAUCGGCAACAAGCGCUACUCCUCCUGGUCCAUGCGGCCGUGGGUGCUGCUCAAAGCCCUCGACGUCCCCUUUGAAGAGAGGCGCCAGCUCUUCCAGCCCGGCGCGCGCCAGCCCGGCUUCCUGCGCUUCUCCCCCUCCGGCAAGGUCCCCUGCCUCUACGACUCGGACGUCGCCGGCGGCGCCGCCAUCUGGGACUCCCUCAGCAUAUGCGAGCACGUCGCGGAGAAGCACGCCGCCGCCGCGUGGCCCCGGGACCCCGCCGCGCGGGCGUUUGCGCGCUCCGCCGCCGCCGAGAUGCACGCGGGCUUUGCGGCCAUCCGGGACGAGUGCUCCAUGAACGUCGGGCUGCGGAUCCAGCUGGGGCCGCCGAGCGAGGCGCUGGCCCGGGACCUGGACCGCCUGACGGCCCUGUUCGAGGAGGGGCUGGAGCGGUUCGGGGGGCCGUACCUGGCGGGGGGGACGUUUACGGCGGCCGAUGCGUUUUUCGCGCCGGUAGCGUCGAGGUGCGUCACGUACGGCGUCCGGCUGGCGGGCAGGGCGCAGGAGUACCUGGACCACCUGUUUGCGCACGCGGCCGUGCAGGCGUGGGUUGCCGAGGGGAUCGCGGAGACGGAGAGGGAGCCGUUUCACGAGGACGACUGCGUGAGAGGGCGGACGGUGUUGGAGGAUCUGGGCGCAGAAGGGGGCGUUGCAGAUGUGACGAUGUGA